ACUUCAGCAUGUAUUUGUCGGUAGAGAGAGUAACCUGGGUGUAACUGUAACCUGAAGGUCCUCCCACUGAGCCUGUCUCAACCUCACACUAUCGAUCACUACACAUGUCAUCUGCUGCUGUAGGAAGUGAACUGGUGGUGUGAGACAGAUCUCUAUAAACCCAGUCUACUCUGUUAAUAUAAACCAACAAUAGUUACCGCGAUGCCUCUCCGGGUAGUGGUGCAGGGUCCUGGUCCCUGGGGCUUCAGGCUGGUUGGAGGAAAAGACUUCGAGCAGCCGCUGACUAUCUCCCGGGUCACCCCUGGGAGUAAAGCUGCCCAGGCCAACCUGUGUAUUGGAGACAUGCUCCUGGCUAUCGAAGGAGAGCCGACGGAGAGCAUGACUCACCUGGAAGCGCAGAACAAGAUCAAGGGGUGCAUAGAGGAGAUGGUGCUCUCCAUAGACAGAUCAGAAAGUAAAAUGUGGUCGCCGCUCUCAUCUGAGGAAGGGAGGACACAUCCGUACAAGAUGAAUCUUGCAUCAGAGCCAAAGGAGGUGAAACACAUAGGCUCAACCCACAACAGGAGUGCUCUGCCGUUCGCUGGUUUUGGCCCCAAAGUUGUGACCAACCAGUACAACAGCCCGUCUGGUCUCUACUCUUCAGAGAACAUCAAGGACUUCAACUCGGCUGUGGACGAAGUUAAAACCAUCGCUUCAGCUAAUGAGCCCAGCAACAAAGCUCCGUCAGAUCCAUCGCAGACGGGCAAGCGGGCAGUUACAGAGGACUCCGAGGUUUACAAGAUGCUGCAGGAGAACCAGGAGUCUGAUGAACCUCCUCGACAGUCGGCUUCAUUCAACAUGCUUCAGGAGAUCCUCGAGACGGGUGACCCUGAUAAACCAUCAGGGUUCAGGAGUGUGAAACCACCCGCGACAAAGAUUGGAUCAUCAGUGGGGAACACAGACAAGUUACCCUCCUGUGACAAAUGUGGAUCCGGGAUUGUGGGGAUGGUGGUAAAGCUGAGGGACAAGUUCCGUCACCCCGAGUGCUACACCUGUACAGACUGCGACGUCAACCUAAAACAGAAGGGACAUUUCUUUGUGGAGGAGCAGAUUUAUUGUGAGAAGCACGCACGCGAGCGAGUGACUCCGCCUGAGGGCUACGACGUGGUCACCGUCUUCCCCAAGUAGAGCGCUCGCUGAGCUCCGCCUCGGGACUGCACGCCACUAUAGGACACCAUGACAUAAUCCAAGACGUUCCAACAUUUAGCACAGGACUAUAAAAAAGGUCUCCUCUCGCAUUACGAGUCAGUACAGUCACUGGUAGGCAGGACAGUAAAGAACUACAUCUUUGAAAAUGUUGAUUUGCACAUUGACUUUGGCAUCUACGAAAGGAAAAUAUGAGAUGGCAUUCAUUUUUUAUCUCCUUAAAAAAAAAAAAUUCCAUUUGAAUGACAGCCACUGUGUUUAAAUAAUGUCUUUAUACAUGUUCAGUAUGUUCUGUUGAAUCAUGGAAACAAUGGAAAGCCACACUUUUUCACCCCAAGACAUGUUUUCUACAGUUUUAUUAAAUAAAUAAACCUACUUUUAUGCAGAAGAAACAGCUCAAAAAAACAUUUGAAAACCAUUACCAAAUAAAUAUUUUUAGCUUAAA